ACAUUGUGCGUGUGCCUGUACGAUACAGUUUUCUCCAUCUUGGCCAUUCGUGUGCUAUAUCCAUACUGCGUUCAUGUGUACUUGUAGCGUCGUACGUCCAGGCGAAUCCUUGCAGGGUCGUUAUUGGAUAAUCGGAGUCUCGAUCUGUGGAUUGAUGAUUACAAAGGUACAAUGCACGUAUGAUGGAGCAUCGCACAUAUGCAUGCAUGUUGCAUUUGCUGCUUGCAAGUUCAGAGUCGAUUAGUGUGUGAGCUUUAGGGUGUGUUUGGAUGGAGGGUUUUGGGUUGAUAGGACAUGGCGGCCUAUUUUUUAUGGGUGUUUGGUUAGUGGGUGGGAGUGGGAUAGGGCGGCCCAGAGGAGAAUAUUUCCUCCAGAUGCCGGAUGGAUGAAUCCGGCCGAUUUGGGCGGAUUUGGCCGCCCGAGCGAGCGGGCGAGUCGGGCGAGCGGGCGAGCGGUCGUGUCACCGCGUGGAGAGAGAGAGAGAGAUGGCCGGUGCCCGGCGACGACGACGACGAUGUGCUGCGGCCGGGAGGAGGGAGCAGCGGCGAGUGCUGGCCCGGGCGACAAGCGCGGCGGCGACGGCGAGGCCGAUGCGUGCCCGGCGACGACGACGACGACGUGUUGCAUCAGGGGGAGAAGGGAGCAGCGGCGAGCCGGCGGGAGGAGGCGGCGGCGACCGGGGGAGGAGGCGCGAGGUCCCCGCCGGCGAGAGGAGGCGGCGGCGACGGGAGGAGGCGCGAGGUCCCCGCCUGCGGGAGGAGGCGGCAGCGGCGGUGAGCCCCCAGAGGCCCAAAUCCAGCCGGCCUUUUUCCUUUUUUUUUCUUUUUUUUCUUUUUCUUUUUCUUCUUUUUUCUAUGUGUAUUUAUAAUGGAGAUAGUAGUGUAAAUUGUUGGAAAUUUUAUGUUUUGUAUUGUGUAUUAAUUUGAUGGGGGUUAUACUCACCAUAUAAAAAAUUGGAUCACCAAAUCCAUCUUCAUCCCUACAA